ACCAGCCAGCCUGUCCUCUCUUUGAGCCAGCCGCAUUCAGUUCGUUUCCAUCACGCGUGCUGUUUGGACGUGCCGAUAUCUCACGACAACAUUCUUUUUAAUAAAAAAGUAUUUCUUUAAUGUUCUACUAUAGGAUGUUUAAACAGACGAGUGACAAUACUAUGCUAACUUAAGGCACCAGGCAGUGCGGUUUAAUUAUGUCAACUGGGUUAACAGCGAAGUGACAUCAGACAAAGGAGCUUUUACGAAAUAGCCUAUACAUUCCACUAGCGACGUAUUUGUGUUCAGAGAAGAUGUUUCUUGUGUGUUUCUGUUUAUCUUAAGUUUAAAGUGUUUGUGCGAGAUUGGCCUAGUUCAUGUACUUUCCAGUUAUGGUUUCCAAAUCGGAAACAGUGCUGUGAUGUGAACCGGAACGUCAUUCCCUGACGGAUUAAUUUGGUGUGGGUUUUCCGCGAUCGUAAGUGGCGACAGUGUGGUGACGAGUGAGAUAUGCCGGCCGCAGUGCAAGUGCUGAAGUCACGAUGAGGUGCGUCUUCAGUAUGAUGGUGCUGAUAGAGGUGACGGUCACUGUGGUUGUGCUGUCUGCGACGGUUACAGCUACCGAAGAUCACUGUCGGACAGUGUGUAGCUGCAUAUGGAAAGGCGGCAAACAAACGGUGGAAUGCAUUAACCGAGGCUUGAUUACUAUACCCGAGAAAGUGCACCCGGAAACUCAAGUACUGGACAUGUCAGGUAAUAUCCUCAACAAUCUCCCCAGAGACAUGUUCGUGCGUGCAAAGCUGCUGAAUCUACAGAAAGUUUUCUUUAGCAACUGCAGAAUUGGUCAGAUAGACGAUAAAGCGCUUCACGGGCUGACAAAUCUCGUGGACUUGGACCUCUCCCUUAAUCUCUUAACCUCAAUCCCUUCAGAAACCUUCAGCGACGCCCCACUUCUCCGUGAUGUAAUUCUUGCUCAUAAUCCGAUCCAAAAGAUUGAAAAUUACGCAUUCCGAACCCUUCCCAGCCUGGUGAAGCUAGACCUAUCCCACUGUGAGAUACAGAGCAUAGCUCCUAAAGCCUUCGAAGGCCUGGAGCACCUGGAGUCAUUGAAACUGAACGGCAACCAGCUGAGUGAGCUGCGUCCGCGGACGGUGGAGACUCUGAACGGUCUUCGCGGGAUCGAGUUGCACGACAACCCGUGGCUGUGUGACUGCCAUCUUCGGGCGGUCAAAGAGUGGCUCAUGAAGAACAAUGUACCCUACCCCGUUGCGCCGGUAUGUUACGGAGGGCCGGAACGCAUUGCUGAUCGAACAUUCGCCGAGUUAGAUAUUGACGACUUCGCAUGUAAACCGGAGAUUUUGAAAGGUAGCAGAUACAUUGAAGCCACGACGGGUGAGAACGCUACUGUGGUGUGUCGAGUGAGGGCAAAGCCCCCCGCGGUAAUAAACUGGUACUGGAAUGGAAGACUCCUCCUUCACAACUCGGCCUUCAGUUCACACCAAAGAGUCUUCAUCUACGAGAAUGGCCAAUCUGAAAAAAGCAACACUCUGGUGCUCACUAACGCCCAAGAAACAGACUCGAGUGAGUUCUACUGUGUGGCAGAGAACCGGGCCGGUAAUGCCGAGGCCAACUUCACCCUCCACGUGUCCUUGCGGACCGCCGGAAUGGCCACUCUUGGCAGUGGGCAAAUCGCGGGGCUGAGUGCAGCGCUCGUCAUCCUCAUUCUGUUCAUCCUGCUUAUCAUCUUGGUGCUAUUGGUUAGACUGAGAAGGCCGCCGUUUUCCGACAGCAAGACACCGGGGCAGAUAGAGACCAGUGCAGCGAUUGCUGAGGCUGCAAACAACACUACCUGCAAACCAUCUUCCAUAGGAACUGCGGCAAACAGCGACACCUCUAUUUCGGAGCAUAAGGUUGUUUCUAACGAUCUGAAAGUCGCGUGUAACCCGGUGCAAAAACCUCCACGAAUGACAGAACUCGCCUACACAACUAGCCACUACGACGGCAAAGGGAGCCUGAUCAAUGCUACUCAGUGUUUCACGGCGCCUUCCUCGGGUCCACCUGCUAAUAACCCGGACCUUAUUAAAGACACCAAACGACUGGCCAACGCCGGCGAACUUCCAGCGGCAGGAGUCGUUCAGGUCCCCAACGGCCACGCACAACAACCCGAGGCCGGAGAUGUCGUCGCCGAUGAGACUGGGAUACCCAUAGAAUUACGACCCGGCAGUGGGGAAUACAGCCGCGCCACAGGUUGCGACUCACUUUAUCCCUCUGGUCUAUGGGAGCAACCCCAGCAGUCAAGCCUUGACCCGUCUCCUGACCUCUUCAUCAGGAGGACGACGAGCAGUCUGACAGCAGGGUUUGGAUUCGACACUACAGACAGGACACCCAUCAUCGGAGACGGCACCAGUCUCGGCGGAGUCUCAACGGAAGACGAGGAGUACACCUGCAGAACACUGCCACGGCCACUUCACCACCACCACCACAACGGCUACCCCGCGGACUACGGACUGCCCAUCAUACCAACCGGGGUGGACCAGAAGCUGCGAGAAGUUGGGGCUGUCCAGCACAGUCCCUCUUCCAUGUCACCCACUAGCGCCACGGGCGCCCCGCCCAACGCCAAGACACUUCGCGUGUGGCAGCGAGGGGUGCCCGUCCUGCCCCCCGUAACCGCCCUCAAACGGGUCCUGUCCGGCAGCAGGAACUCGCCUGACGAGGGAUACCAGGAGGGCUGUGGCACAGACGUAUAAACGUCCCUGUGAUGGUAGUGUGAGUUGGUUCACGUCCAUAAUCUUCAGAGGCCACCGAUGCAAUUGGACUGCGUAUUUCAGUCUCAAGCACAACUUAUCCUCAACAUAUCCAUCUGAAUUAAAUAUGCCCACAAAUACAAGGCUCUUAAAUUCCAAUUCAUGAAUACGAAACAAUUUUUUAAAUUCUGACGAGUUGCUCUUUCAAUAUCUUCGGAAUAGGGUGGACUGGAUAGGGGACUUCUUGGCUAACUGAGAAACUACUAGCAUGUCGGUAAGAACUCUGCUUCAUUUCGAAGUGCUUAAUAAAUCAUACUUUUCGAUCGUCCGGUAAAUUCUUCACGCAUCUUCGACGUGUUCGACAGGAUACAUCAAAAUUUCAUAAUUUUACAGCUACUUACAAUGUAAUCGUGGAGCGCAGACUUAAUCAGAAUACGGCCCACUUCUAGACUUCACAUGAACUGGUUUGUCAACUGAUUAAUAUCUGAACAGAUAUAAAGUAUUUAUAAUAUACAAAUCGACUAAUCGGCAGAUUAAUUGAUAUUUUCAUCAGUCAACAUGACAUGCAUGUAUUUGGCAUUAAAUAGGAACUGACGUACCGUUAAGCGAGUAAUAACAUUUCAGAUUAGAUUUCGAGUUAUAAAACAUCAUUCUUCAGGAUGCUUUUGAAUUAAGCAACUCAGAUAUAGACUAAAUCUAAGAGAACUUGUGAAGUUAAAUAUUUGGAUUUUUAAUGAAUAAAGACUGGAACGUCACUGUAUGAAGACCAUUAUAUCAAUUUUAUGCAAUCAGCUUUGAAGAACUGCUAACGUUUCAUUUCGUGAGUCUCGACCCAACUAAUCAAUUAAAUGACUGACGAUUGAAGAAUUAUGUAAUUAAUUAAUGCUGACUAAUACGUUAAUAGAUCGCAUCUGUAAUUAUUUCCAGCGUAAUCCAAUGCCAGUUAAUUUACCAAAAAGAUUAAAGAAUCAAACAUUUUAAUUAUAUUAAUGACCCGACUAACAAAGACAUUGGAGUUCUGCAGAAAUGACGAUAAUUUAUUCAUUUAUUUAUUAAGUUAUAUAUUUUAUCUCUUGUUUGUCACGGCACUGACGUUUUGAAACAUGCCGGUACCUUUAUUUGAAUAAAAUAUAGCAAGAAUUUAGUCCUUCAGGUUACAACCAGUCAUCAUUUUUCAUUCUUAAUUACGCGAAGUUAAUGAACUGAUGGAGAUCGAUCCCAGCCUCCACAGUUCCUUACACUUCCAUUCAGCAACCUUCUGGCUUUCUAAAACUCGUUAUACGGAACCGAAACAUAAUUUACACGUUUCAAUAUCGCAAUUAUUACAUUUUCCUUUCAGCUGAAAAGACAACGAAUCUAAUCAUGUAUUCGGAGUGUGAGACUUAUUUAUAAUUAAAAUUUGGAAUUCACACAAUACACAGACACAGUACGAACAGUUUUGCUUACAGGUGCUCAGUUCACGGCGAGAAAUAUUUAUCCAAAUGCUCAAGAAAUUAAGCUGUGUUGAGAGACAGCUUUUAUUCUACACAAUAUUACUGAUUGUGAGCCAGCAUUUGUGGGUAAAAAGUUUAAUCCUAGUACAUAUCAGACACAAAACGUUAUCAAUUAAGUAAACUUAAGAGAUGGUCGGGGUAUUUAAGUCUUCCGUUAGCUGUAGGCUUUUCGUCCCACUGUCAGACCAUAUGAUAAUAAAUAGAAUUAAAUCUGAAUGACGCAGUUCAUCUGCAUAAUUUGAGGCGGCCUUGUAAAUAUGACCCACGUUACAAUAUAUUGUAACUCUUGCAUAUGUGUAGGUGGAAUUUUCACAAGCGUUAAGUGUUCCUGGUAUUUGGAAAGCUAUGUAUAAUAUAUACGGCAUUUAAAUUGCCUUCGUGUGAGUCAGUCAUACAAUUUUUAGUCGCCUUAUUGGGAAUAUAUUUUCACGUAUACUUGAAGGAUUCCAUUUAAGCCAAAAUAAUUAAUAAUACAGCAUCCAUCUCUUCCAGUGAAUAUAUUUAAUUUUGUAUGUUAUGAAUAACUAUUUCGUAAUGAGGAGUGCGUAAAAAAUAUUGGCUUUAUGGAUAAUCCUUUAAAAUUAUUUGUACAAGUCCCACAUAUUAAAGAGAUUGGAAAUUCUCUAGGCGUUAAUGCCAAAUGCCAGUGCUGAUUGAAACUGUCCACUUGUACAAUUACGCCAAGUGAAGGCAAACAAAAUGGACGACCGAGUAGAGCUGUGAUGUGCCGGUGAGUGUGUACAUAUUUGUGCAUGUAAGUACCAUGCCAAGUGACGAUACGCUCACUGAAUAAUAAACUCUGGUGUUUAAGUGAAUGUGUGUACUUUUGUUUAAUACGCGUUUUCAGGAUUUUACCUGUCCACAGAAUGUCAGGAAAGACUGUGAUUGUGUCCGGAGAAAUUAAAUAUUACUGCAACAUGUUCACGAUCGAAAGACACAAGAACGAUUUCAAUCUGGGUCCUAUAGAAAUAUAUCAGAGCCGCCAUUUUAGUUUUAGUGUCUAAUAUUAUUUUGGGCAAUGGUGAUCUGUGUGCAUACUAACAUUAAAACAUAUCGAGAACAUCACGCCAAAAGGGCGUAUCAACAAAUUUACUUAUAUACACAGGAGACUAAAUUCUUAUGUUUAUUUGGUUUUACUAAAGUGCAUUAUUGGCGUUCAUGCGCCCAAAUGUAACUAUCUCUGUGUAAAGCAGUGUCACAAUUACGUCCUUCUGGCAUGAUUCCCUCGACAUCAAAGUCGUAACUUUAUAUAGAAAUCCCUUGCUCAAACUAUCUUACAAAAUAAUCUGUUUAAUUUACGUAACGUUCCGUCAGCAGUUGUUGUACAUUAAUAAAUUUGGUGUUACAGAGCUAACUAUUCGUAGGUUAUGUGUGUAGUGUACUGUUUAUAUAUACACACAUAGAUGUUUUUGCUGAGAAAUAAUUUUCUGUCUGCGCUGGAGGAAAUUUGGGGGAGCAUAUUGCAAAGCAUAUUUCUUUACAUUUCCUAAACUAAUAUGGCGGCGUGAUUAUGAGUAAAUGACCCGAAAAGUGAACUAAUACAAACAAGCGAUAUUUUUAACAGUGUAUUGUAUAUUUAACAAUUCGUGGAAUGUUAUACUGUCAUGUAAGAAAGAUUAGUUAAUUAUUUAUUACUUAAAUAAUUACCUAUGUAAAGUAAUGUACUGCUUAAAGCAGAAGACUGAAAGGAGAUGAUCCAUUUUUAUGAUAUUAAAACAUCGCUAAGCCUGUUCACAUA